AUGGGCCAGAAGCGCCAGUACCUCGUGUGCAAGUGCGGGGCGUGGACGUGGGCAGACAAGGUGCACAGUAGCCCUUACUGCCAGUGUGGCAAGAAGUGGCCGGCACCUGCUCUUAAGCAGAACGGCAGCCCGCGGCCACCGAAGACCCCCUCUCCUUCUCCUCAGCGCGGCGCCGACAAGAAGGAAAGGCGCGAGGAGGAACGCCGCUUGAAGCGCGCCGUCACAACAAUCUGGGAUCAAAUCCCGGAGGAUGCGCGUGCGCGCCUCACACAAGCGGGAUGGAAAGGACCUCCCAAGCAGAAGGAGGCGGUCGAGUCCCAGACCGACCCUCUCCUGAGCCUGUUGGUACAGCGCCAGGAUGAGCUGCCGGAGGACAUCCGCACUGCGCUGGUGGAGGCAACCACGGGCCCGGAGCCGUCCCCAGGAGAAAAGGCCAUGCAAUCCAACAAGGACCUUACCAAGGCCAGCUCCCGCCUCCGCGUGCUGAUCCACAAGAAGAUCAAGCUACUGGAGAGCAUAGAGGAGGCGAAGGAAUAA